UUAACUUUUAAUUAAUUAAAUUAAUCGCUGCUUUAGAGACAGUUUUCUCGUCCCUUUAUAUGAAUUACAAAGCAGAGCAAAACAGAGCAGAGAACACAGAAGCAGAGCAAGUCAGAUCGUUUCUCUGAAACCUCCAAUCGUCUCUUGAUUUUGUGUUCUGUAUGUUCGAUCUCUGUGUUUGAAGAAGGAAGGAGAAGAUGAAGAGUUCUGUUUCGGAACAGAGUUUUUUGUAUGAGAGUGAAGACGAAGAAGAAGAUCAGGAGAAUGUAGUGAACAAAGAUGAAGAAGAUGGAAACGAUUCAGACUCUUCCGAUGUUUCGACUGAAAAUCAGAGACCAAGCAAGCCUAAUUCGUACACCACCGCUUGGCCACAAAGUUACAGGCAGUCGAUGGAUAUGCUGGGCAGUGUGCCAUCGCCUAAUAUUGGGAUACUGGGAACGUCAUCUUUAUCAAGAUGGGGCAGCUCAUUUCUGUCCUCCUCCUUAACACGACGGCACACUCCAGAAUCGUUAACUUCUUCCACAAAACCGCUGCUCCCCACGGUGGAUGACGAGAAUAAAGACGAGCAGCUGCCGCCACCACCGCUGUCGCAGCGAGUUAGCUCUCACUCUUUGAUUCUCCCUUUCACUUCAAGGAGGCCAUCAGCCAUAAAAAAGGAUGACAGACCUUCCAAAGUUCCACACGAGUUUCCCACUGCACGUCGAAGCACAUUCAGUCAAGCUAUGCUUAAUGGCGGAAAUGUGCUAUGUGGGGUUGGAAUACUAACGACGCCUUAUGCAGCGAAAGAGGGAGGAUGGCUUGGACUUUCCAUUUUGUUAAUAUUUGCUGUGAUCUGUUACUACACUGGACUCCUCCUCCGUGACUGUAUGGAAAGUAGACCCGAGCUCGAUACUUACCCUGACAUUGGCCAGGCAGCCUUCGGCACCACCGGUCGAAUCGCCAUCUCGAUAAUAUUGUACCUGGAAUUAUACGCUGCUUGUAUUGAGUACAUAAUCUUGGAGAGUGAUAACUUGUCUUCUCUAUUUCCAAAUGCCCAUCUAAAUGUGGGUGGAUAUGAGUUAAAUGCACAUCUUUUAUUUGCUUUGAUGACUGCUAUUGCUGUUCUUCCUACUGUUUAUCUCCGGGACCUGUCUGUUCUUAGCUACAUCUCUGCUGGUGGAGUUAUCGCAUCAAUAUUGGUUGUCCUAUGCUUGUUCUGGAUUGGGUUGGUGGAUGGUGUCGGUUUCCAAGGGAAGGAGACGACAACUUUACUGAAUCCUGCAACCCUACCCAUUGCUGUUGGUCUUUAUGGCUUCUGCUAUUCUGGACACGCUGUUUUCCCCAAUAUUUAUAGUUCAAUGGCAAAACCAAGCCAAUAUCCUUCAGUUCUCUUAACAUGUUUCAUUGUUUGUACUUUGAUGUAUGCGGGAGUUGCUUUUGUGGGAUAUUCAAUGUUUGGAGAGUCAACGAUGUCUCAGUUCACUCUCAACUUGCCGAAGAACUUGGUUGCAUCAAAGAUCGCCGUCUGGACUACGGUGGUUAAUCCAUUUACCAAGUAUGCAUUGACGUUGACUCCAAUUGCAUUGAGUCUGGAGGAGCUGAUUCCAUCAAAUCAUCCCCAGUUCUUAUUAUUCUCAAUCCUUAUUAGAACUGCUCUUGUCAUCUCUACCUUGCUUGUGGGCCUUGGCAUUCCUUUCUUUGGUUUGAUUAUGUCGCUCAUCGGGUCACUUCUGACAAUGUUCAUUAGUUUAAUACUUCCUUGUGCUUGUUUCCUGAGCAUCCUUAAAGGAAAAGUAACGCGUUUGCAGGGAAUAGUGUGUGGGAUAAUAAUGAUAAUAGGGCUUAUAGCAGCGGCUUUUGGAACGUAUUCAUCCGUUUUAAAAAUCGUCCAGAAUUUGAGUAGCUGAGAAAUUUGGGUUGCAUUAUUUAUGCAUCAAAAUAUGGCAAUUUAUCCACCAGCCUGCAUUAUUUAUAUUUAUUGUUCUUCCUUUCCAAUUCUAAUUUUGACCUUUUUUUUUUUUUUUUUAAUUUCACCCUUUUUGAUAGUUAUGCAAUUUUUGUGAUGGUGCAAGGGUUUUCAGUAUGAUCAUUUAUAGAGUUCUAUGUGUUGUGUUUUUCUUUUUGUUGGGAAGUUUUUCGAUAUAUUUUUAUUCUUUUUGUUUUUGACAAACAUGUGAGUUGAGAGAAUCGAACUUCUUAUUUCAAGAUCGAUAAUAUAAAUAUCAGUUGAAUUGUACUCA